AUGAUGCACCAACGAGGUGUUCGUUCGUCGAUUAUCUGGUCAAAACGGUGGGAGUCAACAAAAAAAAAAGAUGUGACAUAUCAUGUUCCGCCAAAAACAUUGCGUUCUCCUUACUAUCAUCCGUUCAAUCCAUCAGAUCGUAAGAAAACUGAGCCUUUCACUCAUUUCCCGAAUCUCGGAAACUCGAGUGGUAUGGGACCUCGUUUAUAUGACUAUCAGGUGAUGAGUGAACUUGUUCGCAGUCUUCCUACUGCCACAGAACGAAUCGAUUUUAUCAAUCCUUACGAGCGUGAUUUUACGAGACGUGAAAAACGUUUUCAUCGGCCUUGGCAAGCUGCAUUGCUUAAAGCGCGAAAGGCCUGGAAAAUACAUCCGUUUCCAAAUUAUUUUGACCCACUCAACUUUUAUCAAUACAUAACAAAAACAAGAUGCAUCGAAGGAUUAAGUGAUUGGUAUGAUGAGCCUGCUCCAAUGGUGUCGAAGAGUUUUGAGGAACGAUUAGGGGAGAUGUUGAAAUUGCAUUUGGGAUCUUUGAACGUUGCUAGUGAGCAUGAGCGAACUACAAGAUUUUUAAGAAGCAUUUUGGAUUUAUCACUUGAAAAUAUCGUUCAAAGUGGGAUGUAUCCGAAUUUGGGGAAUCAAAGGAUCUCCCAUGCGCCACGAUGUGAAUCAUUUUGGAUUCGUUGUGGAUUUGAAGCUCUCUAUGAAAACAAGCUAAGACAAAGACAUAGAGGUGAUAACAGGUCCAAGCUUGGCGAACUUGCGUUUGUCUUGAGAGAUGACUUUUCGACACAGCUGCGAACUCAAUAUCCACUAAAACCUCUAAUGCCGUUUUCAAAUGAAGAAGUAACAAAGCCAUUGUUUGAUAUGUCAUUCAAUGUGAAGGAUGAAUUAAUUUAUUCUCCCGCUUUGUACGGGAUGGUCACUGACUCAGAUCCAUUGUGGCAGUGCCCUGGAUAUGAACCUGACUGUGGCGAAAAGUAUAAAUAUGGUCAAGUAGGAUUCAAGCAAAUUAGUGAUUUGAAUAUUCAUUGCAAAAGGUGGAAGGCAAAAGAUGUAGAAGAGAAAGCCAUUCGCUAUGACUGUCUUCGGGCUUCUGCUGUUGUAUCUCUUUUUUCUUGGUUAAAUGCACAAGCUCAUGCUGAAGGUUUCACGCAAUAUAAUGAUGUUGAAUAUCCAUUUGUUUCGCAGUUAGUAUUAUCUGAUGGGAAACAGUUUUUUUUUGCUAUUGCUCAGCUCAACACCUUAUUGUUUAACGUCGAUAUCGAGGGAAUAAUAAAUAAACGCUGUAAUCUCUGUUACGUAGAAGGACCUAUAAAUUUGUAUGACCGAUAUGAUUCGGCAAAAGACAGAUUCGAGUCCACUCAAACAACAGGCAGAGAUGUGGAAAAAAGUCAGUUUAAUCAACAUGUACUUGGUCGGAUAAUGCAAAUGAUUGUGAAGGAUAUGCCAGUGAAUAAAGAGAGUAGCAGGACUGGCAUAGAACUUCCACAAUAUAUUCCUGUGGAAUUCAGCGAUAAUUUAUAA